ACCAUCCAAGUAAUGUAAUUGAAUCAAUGGAAAUAGUAAUGACCGGGAUACUCGAUGAAAGUGAAGAUGUUUCCUCGAAUCUAGUCAGGCCUUUACUAGAUAGUGUAAGAAAGGAGAACCAGGCUAUUUCACCUAUUACUUGGACCUUGGGGUAGAAAGUAAUUACCAAUUGUGCUGUCAAACUUAAAACUCAUCUUAUGCAAGCAGUGGAAUCCUCAGGAAGAGCUCUCGAUGAGUAUGCACAAAUAAUAACUUCUAUUUGCAAAAAUCAAUAUGUGUCCCUGGAACAUAAUCAUUCAACGGAGGUUGUUAGAGAACAGUCUUGAUGUAACUAAAGAUACAAAUGAAGAACCGUGUGAUGUGACAAAAGGGCUUCAAACGGAUAAUACAUGUGCAAGAGAUGUACAAACUAUAGAUGACACACAGUCGAAUAUAAGAAGUAAGAGUUCUACAACUAUGGACGGUGGAGUUGCGGAAUGUGAUGGUUCAAAAAGUAAUCCACAUUCUAGUUUUAUUGAGAACUUCGAAAAAGGAAAUUCAAGAACCUGUACUGGCAACCUUGAGACAGUUCAGAAACUGAGCUCAGAAACUCAGCUGGAUAUUGUGCCAAGGAAGAGGCCCCUUAAACCUAAUUCUUUAAUGAAUCCAGAUGAAGGCUAUGAUCACUCUUGGAUUCACAAGGAAUCGGGUACUGAAAAAUCGUCUCGUUCCAAAAAGGCUCGUGAUAAUAGCCAUCCUGUUACACCUUCUGAUGAUCCUACUUCUAUAAAGGAUAAGAAGCAGUCAAGUUCCAAAACUGUAAGUAAAGCUCUAGUGUGUAAGGUGAAUAAUGGAAAGAUUGAAACACCUGCACAAUCCAUAAAAACCCGUGAUAAAGGUAGUGAUUUUCCAUCUACUAAAGUAAGGAAGGGUUCUGAAGUGAAACAUGAGGCACCUGUUAGAAAUUUCAAAUUAUCUAUAAAGAUUGAUGGGAAAGUUCUCGUGCCUCCUAAAUCAAUAGUUUCUCCGAUGAAACCUGAGGUUCUUUGUGAAGAUGUGAGUCGAGUACCAAUGUGAAAGUAGGGAAUCUAGAAGAGGGAAGAACUGCAGGUCAAAGGAGGAGGCAAACUGCUCCUUCUGAUAAAGGUUUCAAUGAAUCGUCUACUAUGAAGGCAUGUGAACCUCAAGACCUUGGUAACUCACUGGUCGGUAAAUGGAUCAAGGUCUGGUGGCCAUUGGACAAGAUAUAAUAUGAAGAUGUUGUCGAUGCUUACGAUCAUGUGAAUGGAAAACACAAGGUGAGAUUGCUGUACUAAUUGUGUGAUGACUUACCAGUUAAUUGACAAGAAAAUGUUAUUCUUAAAAUUAUUCUCAUUCUUUUUGGCACCUUGCCGACGCACAAUGGAAGUAAAAACAGAAAUUCUUGAAAUGAUUAUGAAACAAAAAUUUGGUGUUUAAAUAAUUUUUUAUGAAUAUUUUAGAAUAUUAAAUUAAAGUGAAGGAUUUUCCCAUUUCUUAAUUUCAGUUUCAGAAUUUUUUUUUUUUUGAUCAAGGCAAUGAGAAUAAAAUGCAAAUCAGGAUUAAGGCCUGAACCUGUUUACACAAGAGAGAGAAAGGAAGCCAGUUGAAAGAACUUUUGAACAAGAAUUAUUUUCUCUGUUAUUCUUAAUUUCAGUAAUAGGCCUUUUAUCUUACAAGAUCCUUACAUUAUUUCCGUCCUUAAUUAAAUUUUAUGCAUCUUUUCAUUUGUUUCUUUUGCAAUUUAUGAAGCAUAUAGUCGUAUACUCGUAUUACUAUUAUGUAUUUCAUAAUGUGCAGAGCAGUAAAAAACUAUGAAGAAUCCAAAUUGGAGUCUCUUGCGGGUUAAAAAAUCAAUUCUCUAUCCAAAUCUGAUUUUGUUGAUGAUUCCAUGGUCCAACUGUAAGUUAGCAGGCAAGGUUCUGAUGGGAAGCCUAAAACACCGAAAUAAUGACGCCUGGUUAACACAUUCAAGAGUGCAUAAUAGGAAAUAUUUUUAAAAAAAAGGCAAUGGGAAAUAUGUCAAACUUUAUCGUACUUUCUCGUUAGAAUAGAAAUAUGUGAUACUUAUAGCAGACUUUUUACUAUGUUAGAGGUUGAAUUUGGUUUUCCUAAAAAUAAUAGAGGUGUAGAUUAUUUUUUAUUAACUUUCA